UGUGUUUUUAAACAGGAGUGGUCACCCUCUCACAACCUCAAAAGUCUGAAGAAAAAGCAGCUUGCAGCACGAGAGGCCAUAGCAAGACAGACCACCCUUGCUGAUGCAGAGCAGAGCAGCGUAGAGUCCUCCGUAAUCAGUCUGUUGCAGGAUGCUGAAAGUAAGUCUGAAAUGUGUUAUGGUAUCUCGGCUCGCGAGCACUUUGUGUUUACUGACACGGAUGGCCAGGUCUAUCACAUUACAGUGGAAGGCAACACCGUAAAGGAUGGGGCACGUAUCCCUCCUGAUGGCAGUAUGGGAAGUAUUGCCUGUAUUGCAUGGAAAGGAGACACCCUAGUUUUGGGAGAUGUAGAUGGAAACCUCAACUUUUGGGACCUGAAAGCUCGCCUUUCAAGGGGUGUACCUACACACCGUGGAUGGGUGAAAAAGAUUCGUUUUGCUCCAGGGAAAGGCAACCAAAAACUCUUGGUCAUGUACACAGAUGGAGCUGAGGUCUGGGAUACCAAAGAGGUUCAGAUGGUCAGCAGCAUCAGGGUGGGGAGGAACGUGAGUUACAGAAUUCUGGAUAUUGACUGGUGUACGUCAGAUAAAGUGGUGCUGGCAUCAGAUGAUGGCUGUGUGAGAGUGCUAGAGAUGGCCAUGAAGUCUGCCAGUUACAGAAUGGAUGAGCAGGACCUGACAGAUCCAGUGUGGUGUCCGUAUCUUCUGCUACCGCGUGCUGCUCUUACGCUAAAGGCCUUUCUGUUGCUGCAGCCCUGGUCUGAUACAUUCACCAUGGACAUUUUUCAAAUAGAUUACACCGAGAAGGAGGAAAUCAAAGGACUGAUCCAAGAACAGCUCAACUCUCUCUCUAAUGACAUCAAAAGCGUUCUCCAGGACCCAAAUCUGAACUUGCUGCAACGCUGCCUCCUUGUGUCCCGGCUGUUUGGAGACGAAUCAGACAUUCAAUUCUGGACAGUGGCAGCUCAUUACAUCCAGUUCUUUGCUCAGAAUCGCCAGCCCAUCAGAUCCACCCCAGAGGGCCAAGCACCUGCCGAGGAUCUCCAGAGCACCCCUGUCAUUCACCUGGACAUUUGCCAUGACACCCUGUGUGAAGGCUAUUUCUUCCAGAGGUUUCAGCUGGAGCGGGUUCAUCUUCAGGAGGUGAAGAGGUCCAGUUAUGAACAUACUAAAAAGUGUGCAGACCAGCUUCUGCUACUGGGUCAGACGGACCGUGCAGUACAGUUGCUCUUGGAGACCAGCGCAGAUAACCCGAGCUAUUACUGUGAUUCGCUUAAAGCCUGUCUAGUAACCACCAUCACUUCCUCUGGCCCGUCUCAGAGCACCAUUAAACUGGUUGCCACCAAUAUGAUUGCCAACGGCAAACUGGCAGAGGGCGUUCAGUUGCUGUGCCUGAUUGACAAAGCAGUUGAUGCAUGCCGUUAUCUGCAGACAUACGGAGAAUGGAACCGCGCUGCCUGGCUGGCCAAGGUGCGCCUGAACCCAACAGAGAGUUCAGAUGUGCUGAAGCGCUGGGCAGAGCAUCUAUGUUCUCCUCAGGUUAAUCAGAAGUCAAAGGCCAUCCUGGUCCUGCUAUCACUGGGAUGCUUUCAUAAAGUGGGCGAGAUGCUUCACAGCAUGAGAUAUUUCGACCGUUCUGCACUGUUCAUCAAAGCAUGUUUGAGAUAUGAAGUGAUGGAGGCGAAUGACGAUGAUGUCAAUAAGCUUGUAGGUGUUGCCUUCGUCAACUAUGCCAAACUGCUUCGCUCCAUCGGACUAAAACAGGGAGCUGUGCUGUGGGCAUCCCAGGCUGGAGAAGCAGGAAAGGAGUUGCUUGAUGAGUUGUCAAAAACAGAGGGUGUGGGACCAGAUCCCAGCCCCAAUGAAGAAGAGGCGGAUAACACUCUUGUAAAUAUGGACUGACUUGCUUCAAACACACAGUGAAGAAAAAGGGUGCAUGUUCAUGAAAAAUACAAGAGAAGUUUAAUUUAAUAAAGUCUCAAAUUCACAGCAAGAGUAUAGAGAUCUGGUUUAUGUGUCGCUCUUUUACAGUGUACCCAUAUGUUGGGUAUACUGUAUGCGGAUACAUAAGCACACGUUUUAUUGUCCUUAAAUACAUUUUUCCAGUUUGAGUCAUGUAGACAUUUAAUAAUUUUUUGUUGGUUGUGAGAUGUUUUUAGGUGUAUCCGAUGACAUUCCCCUAACAAGUACUACUUAAUACGUUGCCUGCUGUUGUAAUGCAUUUAAAACCUGUUUUGCAGUUACAUAAUUGACCAUAUAUGUUUUCUUUGUGAAGUGUUACAAGCCAUUAAAACAUUCUUGAUUUGUAUUAUUACAUUUCCUACACUUAACACACUGCCCUACCAGGUAUUACAAGGCAAAAUUAUAUGAAUAAAACAGCACAUUCAGUUUUGUAAAUUGUUUCAUAAAUAAAAUAAUUAAUUACAUUGUUUUAAUAAUGGAAGAUAUUGUGUGGUUUUGUUUUGUUUAGCUAAAAUGGGUCCUUGAAGAAUUAUGCAUUUGGGAAAAAAAAUGUUGUGAAUUUGGUAAAUUUUUUGGGCGAUUCCCUUUAACUUAAUUUUCUUCUUGAUUUGUUGUUGCUGUAAUGUUUUUGUGUGAGAUUUUGUAAAUGUGCUGUCAUGACCAAAAAGUAAACCAGUAUUGAUGCACCAGGUUAAAAUCUUCACCAUUCUUCUCUUGUAAUAUUUUAUGUGCUCGUGCAUUAUUGUAAAAUGGUGAAUUAAGUGUCCUCUGUUAAAAAUAAAAUGUUGCAACGUA